AUGGAUGUUGAUGUGAUAUUUGUGAUUGGAGUCAGUGGAUGCGGAAAAACGACCGUUGGUCGACAACUUGCUGCACGCAUAGGCUAUACUUACAAGGAUGGAGAUGAUUUUCACUCGGAAUCCAACUUAGCGAAGAUGAAAGCUGGAAUUCCACUUAAUGACGAAGAUCGUAUGCCAUGGUUGACAUCGAUUGGUGAAUACUGUAGAACUCAUAAAAACGUCGUGAUAAGUUGUUCUGCUUUACGCGUUCAGUAUCGGAAUAUAUUGAGGAAGAAUGUUCGCUGCCGAUUCAUAUUCCUUAAUGUGACCAGUAUACUCUGUGAAUCUCCACUGAAUCCUCCAUCUCCUUGUUGUUUUCAACAAUUCUACGUUUUUCUACCUCCAGAUUAUUCAAGUUUGUUUCUUUUAUAUUCUUUUAUAUUUCUUUUUCUCAGACAGCUUUUGGAAACUCGUCUGCGGAAAAGAGUAAAUCAUUUUAUGCCUACUUCUCUUCUGGACAGUCAACUUGCCACUCUAGAAGGUCCUACUAAAGAAAACGAUGUUGUGAGUAUAACGAUACAGGAAGAAAUACCUGAUCUCAUUGAGAUAAUAUUAAGAUAUCUAGGAUAUAGAUAG